AUGGUCAAAACCUCCAGUUUGCGGCAAGCACAAGGCUUGGACAAUGUUGACAGCUUCGUAGAGACAAGUGUGUUCUGUAGCGAUUUGUCCAACCAUGCACAUUCCCGAAUCAAGAGUUACGAUCCCUUUCUCUACUUCAGAUGUCAAAUUCCACCCCACCUCGAUCAAUUCCAAAGGAGAAGAGCUCUUGUUUGCAUGUCUUUGGCGGCGGCUUCAGCUUCCUCAACGGCAUCGCUGCACCUCUCCCAUUGUCAUCAUUUUGGGAGCAAGUUGUGCCGAAUAUUGAGUUUCAAGCAGUUUUAG